AUGAGUACCACAGAAGACAACGGAAGCAAGUGCUCUUCGGCCCCGAUUUCCACCUUCACCAUUCAGUCGAUAUUGGGCAAGUCGUCGGAGAAGCCACGGUCCGGGGCGAAGGAGAGUUCCAAGGGACUGCAGCUGGCGAGGACGCGCUUGCUCUCGGUUUCUUCGGAAGAGGAGUGCAGCGGUGGGGAGGACUCUGCAGACUGUUUCUGCUCGGAUCCUGGUCACAGCGAGCCAUGCAACCAACAUCAACCACUUAAUUUUUCACGUUUAGGUGCAACCAAGGGACUUAUUUCAGGCCAUGACGGGAUUGCACGGCGACCGCACUUGACACAGCCUCUGCUGCAGGAUUACAAAGAGGAACAAGAGAGACCAUGCAAUCCAAUGUCACCUAUUUCCGAGGAGAGACAGACAGACGGUGCGAACAAGCAGACUAACUCGUCCAAGAAGAAGACUCGUACCGUCUUCUCGCGGAGUCAGGUGUACCAGCUCGAGUCCACAUUUGAUAUGAAGAGGUAUUUGAGCAGCUCCGAGCGAGCCUGCUUGGCAUCAAGUCUACAGCUAACAGAAACUCAAGUGAAGACGUGGUUUCAGAACCGCAGAAACAAGUGGAAGCGACAACUGUCGGCGGAACUGGAGGCUGCGAAUAUGGCACACGCAUCCGCACAGACACUGGUCGGAAUGCCGCUUGUUUUUAGAGAUAGCUCCCUGCUCCGGGUACCAGUUCCAAGAUCUAUUGCUUUUCCAACGCCGCUAUACUAUCCUGGCAGCAGCCUACAAGGGUUACCCCUGUACAAUCUGUAUAACAAGAUUGAAUAUUGA